CUCGCCUCCCCCAGCAGCCAAUCCAAUCCGCGCACACCCUCUCCCGUCCCGCCUCGCCCUGAUCCGAUCCCCAAAUCUCUCGCCGGCCGUCGACCUCGCCCCUUCUCCCCGGCCCCGAGUCGCAGCUCCGGCGAGGCCGACGCAUUAGCGGCAGGGCGUGACAGCGCCCUCUCGCCGGCCCCCUCCCCGCCCGCCGUCGUCCCCGGUCGCCGGAACCCGACAAGUUGGAUAUCUAAGGCGGCACCGCAGCGUUGCGGCGCCCACCGCGCGGACACCAUGUCUGCGGCGCCAGCCGCGUACCCCGCCAGCCUCCGCGCCGUCGCGUCCGGCAACUCCUCGGCCUCCUUCUUCCCCUGCUCGCACCGCCUCAAGCUCUCGUCCUCGCAUCGUUUUAGUAGUAGUAGUAUUGGCAAUACUAGUAGUAAUUGUCUCUGACGUUUGCCUCCCCCUCGUCGCCCACGACCUUCGGUUCGAUCUGCUUCCCCUGCUCGUCCUGAGGAUUGUCUGGUUGUGAGGGCUCGGUGCUUUGUCUCUGCCUCUUGUGUUCGCGCGAGUUUGGUCUUGUCUGUGUCUGUCUUACAUCGGCAGGUCCGAUCCAGAGCGAUUUCGUCCGUUGGAGGUGGUGAUUUCUCUCUCUCCGGGAAGAAAGGAAGCUCUUUUCUCAACUUCGGAUUUAGUUUGUGGAUGGGCGGACCUUUGGUAGACUGCAGUGCCGAAGGUGUGAGCAGCGGCUCAUGUCUCAGCCGCAGCAUCUGCGAGAAAGCAGGUUUUGAGCACAGCUCUUGUGCUCUCCCUGAAGAUGAUAAGUUUGAAGCUGGAAUAGCAUCUGCGAAAAAUGAUUCCGUUGUCAAGGAAAUCAGUUUGGCUCUUGCUGAGGUGAUGCGUGUCUAUGAUGACAAUGAUGAUGAAGAGACAGAUCUGAGUGAAGACUCCGACGAAAAUGGGGAUUCACUUUCUGUAGAAUCAGAUUCGGCUGAUGAUUUGGUUGAUAUUGACACUGAACUGGUCACAUCGCCAGCCUUCACUGCUGGGAAUGCAUCUGAAUCAUCAACUGUGAAAUCAGAGAAUGGAAAUUCUUCAAUCAAUGGGACUCAACUGUUGGUUUCUGCAAUGAAAGGAAGCCGUGCAAAGCGGGGAAUUGUCACAAAGUUGAGUGUUUCAUGGGCCCCCGACGUAUAUGAUCCUCCUGUUACUUCUGACUCACACACAGUGAAGCCGCACCAGAGAAGUUCAAGGAAGAGCCACUACAAAUACAAGCCCCCAAAGGGCAGCAGCAGCCGCACUAGCAGUGGCAGCAAAAAAGAUAAGAAGCAUUCUCACCACAGCAGCAGCAGCAGCAAAAGAGAUAAGAAACCUUCCCACCGCAGUAGCAAUGGUGGCAGCAGCAGAACUGAUGCUAGUGAUCCUCAACAUCGGAAGGCAUAUGGCAUCAUCACUAGCAGCAGAACCGACACUAGUGUUCCUGAAUAUCAUAAGUUAUCGCCGUGGCAGCCACCGGCUAGCGCAGCAGUGGAAGAAGCCAUGCCCCCCGUACCUGUACUGAAGGCCAUGGAACCGAUAAAACGUAGUGCCAGCUACUGCAAGGAGCCGCCAUUAAGCUUGAAGGCCAUGGAACCGAUCAAACGCAGCUCCAGCUGCUGCAAGGAGCCGCCGAUAAGCAUGCUAUCACGCCAAUUUGUGGCUGCCAAGUACAAAGGGAUGUUCUCUUUCUUGAGUCAGAACCAACUUGCUUCUUGAGCAAUAUUGCGGAGGCCUCCCACGCUAUUCACAUGCGUGCUUCCGGUUAUUAUCAGCAAAGCUUCAUGUUGGACGGUGUUUUGAUCUGUGGACUUUUGGUUGGACAUCAGUGGACAUGGUUUUGAAAAUUCUUUGGUUGACGUAUGCACGAUCUUGAGAUUGUCAAGUAUCUUUGCUCAUUAUUCUACAAAAGACGACACUGUCUUUGCUCAUUUAUCUGUGUAAUAAGCAUCUUAUGUGUGUUACAGUAUCCGUUUAAUAAGCAUGUUAUGUGUGCA